AUGGCUACGGCGACUGUGACCACCGUCUCAACGGUGUGCCCAAACUGUGGCGCCACCUGCAGCCUGCAUGAGUCCGAGUCCACCAUUGCGGAGCUGCAGGCGCAAAUCAGGCUUCUCACGGAGAAGGCAUCUUCUGCUGUGGACAAACUCGCAGACUGUGAAGACGAACUGCGGCGCUUGAGGGCGCAGGCUGAGAAGCAAGGUCCACCUACUCCUCCUGCCAUCACUGAACCACCAGCACCGUCAUCGUUCCAGUCUCGCUUUGGUGCCUCCUUGUUCGGUGCUCGCAAGCCUUUAACAGCAUCCGCUGUGCCUACUGAGUCCGCACCAGUUACGGAUACUCCCGGCACGAGUCGAGAAUCCGAUCUGCAAGCCGCACUUGUCAAGGAGCAAAAUGCGCGACGCAUGGCCGACGCAAAGGUAUCGCAGAUGAAUCAGGAGAUCGAGGAUUUGAGCGUGCAGCUGUUUCAGCAGGCAAACGAGAUGGUGGCUACCGAGCGCAAGGCAAGAGCAAAGCUCGAAGAACGGAUCGAGACACUAGAGAAGCGAGACGUUGAAAAGAGAAGGCGUCUUGAGAAACUGGAAAGUGCCCUGAAUCGCAUCGAGAAGGUUCGUGGCCUACUAGCUCCUCCGGGCGGCUGA